GGUAGUCAGCCACAGAGCGGCAUGGAGACGUCCCGGGGGAACCCCAGCGCCGAGCCGGGCUGGUACGUCUCUGUCCGGCAGCCCGAAGACGCGGAGGCGGAGGCGGAGGCGGGAGAGUUGAGUCCGUUGCUAAGCAACGAACUUCACAGACAGGGAUCUUCAGGUGUUUCAUUUGGUUUCUCAGUGUUUAAUUUGAUGAAUGCCAUCAUGGGAAGUGGCAUCCUUGGCUUAGCAUAUGUUAUGGCUAAUACCGGUAUCCUUGGAUUUAGUUUCUUGCUGCUGAUAGUUGCUCUCCUGGCUUCUUACUCAGUCCAUCUUCUGCUUAGUAUGUGUAUUCAGACCGCUGUAACAUCUUACGAAGAUCUUGGCCUCUUUGCCUUUGGAUUGCCUGGAAAGGUGGUGGUAGCAGGCAUCAUAAUAAUUCAGAAUAUUGGAGCUAUGUCAUCUUAUCUUUUAAUGAUUAAAACAGAGCUUCCUGCGGCUAUCUCAGAAUUUCUGCCUGGAGACUACACUGGGUCUUGGUACCUUGAUGGACAAACGCUACUAGUAGUCAUCUGUGUUGGUGUUGUAUUCCCUCUUGCACUUCUUCCCAAAAUCGGCUUUCUUGGCUACACAAGUAGUUUAUCAUUUUUCUUUAUGGUGUUCUUUGCUCUUGUGAUAAUAAUUAAAAAAUGGUCGAUCCCUUGUCCUCUGGCAUCAAAUCACUUACAGGAAUGCUUCCAGAUUCCAAAUGCUACAGAUGAUUGUAAACCAGAGCUCUUUCAUUUCUCCAAAGAGAGUGCUUAUGCCGUACCAACCAUGGCUUUCUCCUUUCUCUGUCAUACCUCAGUAUUGCCCAUAUACUGUGAACUUCAGAGCCCUUCAAAGAAAAGAAUGCAAAAUGUGACCAAUACAGCCAUCGCUUUAAGUUUUCUCAUUUAUUUUAUAUCUGCGCUCUUUGGGUACCUUACUUUUUAUGACAAAGUGGAGUCAGAAUUACUCCAGGGUUAUAGUAAAUACUCGCCACACGAUGUUGUCGUCGUGACUGUGCAGCUGUGCAUCCUGCUGUCCGUGCUGCUGACUGUCCCGCUCAUCCACUUCCCCGACUAUUUUAUCUUAAACUUAGCAGAGAAGAUUUUCUCUCAUGGAAAAAGCUUGGGGCGUUCCUUCUGCUCAUCUUUGGAAUUUUGGUUGGGAAUUUUAGCUUCACCCUCAUCAUUUUUGAUUGGAUUAAUAAAUGAAGGAGAAACUUUCCUGCUUUUUAUGAAGAAUAAUUUACCUCCAUAUGCAAGAAGGGAUUACCCAGGAUUACCCAGGAUGAAAAAUAACAUUUUUAUAAAAGUUAUCAACAGAAAAGCAGAACAAAACCACAGUGAGAGCAUAGAAGUUUUGUUUUUUGUUGUUUUUUUGAGACAGAGUCUCACUUUGUCACCCUUGGUAGAGUGCUGUGGCAUCAUAGCUCACAGCAACCCAACUCUUUGCUUCAAAUGAUCCUCUUGCCUCAGCCUUCCAAGUAGCUGGGAUGACAGGUGUCCACCACAAUGCCCGGCUAUUUUUGGAGAUGGGGGUCUCGCUCUGGCUCGGGGGUUGGUCCAGCCUAGAGCAUUAGCAGUUUUAAUCAAAAUAAGAAGAAGUCUCAAAAUGCUCUGAAAUGUAUCAGGUCACUUAUAAGACUUUAUUUUUUAGGGUAGUUUUAUGUUUUCAGAAAUAUUGAGCAGAAAGUGCAGAGAAUUCACACGCAACUCCUUUCUCCCAAUACCCCAUUUUCACUAUCAAUGUCUUACAUUAGUGUGGUGUAUUUGGUUACAUUUGAUGAGCAAAUAUGAUGUAUUAUUACCAACUGAAAGUGAUAGUUUACCUUACUUAGGGCUCAUCUUAGCAACCACUGAUCUUUUUACUGUCUCCGUGGCUUUGCCUCUUGCAGAAAGUCCUGUGAUUGGGAUCAGAUAGCAUGUAUUCUUUUAGACAGGCCCUUUUCAUUUAGCAAUAUGCAAUUAAGUCUCUGCUAUAUCUUUUUGAGGUUUGAUGACUCAUUUCUCUUUAGCACCAAAUAAUAUUCCGUUGUAUAGAUGUACCAUAGUUUGUUUUUCCAUUCUCCUCUUGGUUGCUUCUGAGUAUCAGCAAUUACAAAUAAAACUGCUGGAAAUAACUU